AUGUUUAGCAGGAAUAUAUUGUUGCUGCUCAGCUAUUUGCUUGUGCUCACAAAGCUCAUUAACGCCUUAUCACAACCGAAUGAAGUCCGCAGCACUUCCGAAGAUGCUAAAGAUCAGCAGGGUCUAACUACUAAAUUGACGAAAUGUGCAGUUCUCCACGGCGAACACGGGGUUAAAAAAAUUAUAACUAAUGCAAAGAGCAAUGACAAUAGCAUUAACAACAACUACGAUAAACGGAGUGAUCGUGAUAAAUUACUUUUCUAUUCGCUCAACCAAUUAACAUUGCUCUCAAAUUUUACCGUUCAACAUGGCACACAACUUUUACGAAACGUUCUUAAAGAAGCAUCCACACACGAGGAACACUCCGAGAUUUUAAAAACAUAUUUACGCGAUUUUUCGGAUUAUGUCGCACGCGCCGAACGUUUGAAAAAACUAAACGAACGUGAAAAGGUGUGCGAACUGCACAGUAUGACCGUACUAUUUUAGAACUUUACUUAACUAUUGUAAUUCUUAAUGCAUGUUUUAAUUUUUGUUAACAAUUACCGG